GUUCAUAGUGAUAUAUGUCAUCCCUCAAUAGGGCUCAAUAAUUUUUUUGGUAUAAGAAAUGGUUAAACAUAUAGCACCUUCAGAUUUUAGAAUUGGGAAAAGCCAAUCAUUCUCAUUCGGUCGCUGUAGCUUCUAAGGCCGUAUAUCACAAUUGAGUGAAGGAAGAACAGAGACCGAGAGGAGAGGAUAUGCCUGGUGCAGGGAGCCCAAGCAAACCAAGACCAGGGCGGACCAUAGAGUGAAAAUGGCUGUUGCUCUCUCCAUCGGACCCAACCGAUCCAUCGUUCGCCGUAAUCCCAGCUGCAGGUCCCCCUGUGUCUGGACUCGUCCCUUAUUGGGUCGCCGGACGGCAACUUCGCAGUUCUGGAGGAGCAAAAGAAACCGGUCAUCCGUUGUUUUCCAGCCCUCUCGCCAAGGACUAUCGAGCAGGACAGCUACGGCACCCGUUCUCGCCGGGUCUAGAGCCGAUGAUUCCUCCGCUCCUCUAGAGAUGUCUGUGGAGAGCGCUCUCAAGCUUCUCGGUGUCUCCGAAGGGGCUUCCUUCGACGAUAUCCUUCGUGCCAAGAAUUCUAUCCUUGCCUCCUGCAGGGACGACCAAGACACCGUCGCUAAGGUAGAAGCUGCAUAUGACAUGUUGCUUAUGCAAAGCUUAAUGCAGAGGAGGGCAGGGAAAGUUGUAAAUACAAACAUCCCUUAUGCUGACGUGAAACCUUUAAAUAGCCCAGGAAUGGGAUCAAUGUCUCAGUGGUUACAAGCCACAGGUAAAAAUAUACCUGUUUCGGUUGAAGCACCAUCCAUGGGGAACUUAGGCCUACAGGCAGGAGUAUAUGGAGCACUAAUGGCCUUAACAUUUGCCAAUGGAACAUCGACAUCUUCAGCAGGGCCAUAUGCAGGGGCUGAUGUUCCUGGGUUAAUCUUAGCUACUGGUUUUGGUGCUUCAUUAUAUUUCUUGACAAAGAAGAACAUCAACCUGGGGAAGGCUACGCUAAUAACCGUUGGGGGCCUUGUCGUGGGUGCAGCAGUGGGAUCAGCAGUUGAGAACUGGUUGCAGGUUGACAUUGUCCCAUUUUGGGGUAUAAACUCCCCGGCUGUUGUUGUAAGCGAAUUCAUUCUCUUUGCUCAGUUCUUGGUCUCCCUUUACCUAAGGUAGAGUUUGGAAAUGAUAUUCAUAACUUGAACUUUGAUAGCUGUAAUUAUUAUUGUAACUGCCUGGUGGUGUAUUCUUUUACAUAAUACUAUGAAUGUCAUGCUUCCUUAGGAUUUGUAAAA